AUGGCUCGUUUAAAGAAGAGAACAACAAGAAGAAAGACUUCUAAAAGACCUACUGUUCGUCGUGGUAGGCGUGUAUAUAAACGACGUGUAUAUAGAAAAAGAAGAAGAUAUUAUAAACGACGCCGGUUGUUAUCACAACCAAAUACUGUUAAAUUAAAGAGUAAGCUUGUUUGCUCAAUAGUAGAGUUUAUUGCUAUUCCUGAGAGAGAUAGUUUACCACAAAUAUUAUGUAUGGCUGCUUAUCCUUCUAAUAAUGGAAUUGCUGUACCUGUUGCUGAAGCUGAAUUGGAUUUUAGAAUGAUUGGACAGAAAUUUAUGACUGUGCAGUCUGUAGAUACUGCUAAUAGUAUUUUAAGAACAGAGCAAAUAGCAUUAUCACCACCUACUUUUGUAGCAUGGAAUCCAUAUUUAGAUCAUAAUGUAAUGGGAAAUCUAUGGGAUUCUUAUUGUGAUAUGUAUGAUUAUUGGAAAUUUAGUGGAGUAAAGGUUAAAUGGAUACCAAAGGUUAAAACGAGUGUUGCUUUACCUUAUAUGCCUAAAAGUAUUGCUACUAAUUCAAGUCAAGUUAUUGGAACGGGUGGAAGUACUGUUAAUCUUGUUAUAGAUCCUGUACAACGUUUAAAUGCAUUUGAUUAUGAUAAAGAUGCUACUGGAUUACUAUAUUAUCCACAAGUAACAUUUAAUAUGCAUGUGUUAUUUGAAAAAGAUAAUUAUUAUUCAAUGGAAUUACCAACUGAUCCAGAAAGUAUGGAUUAUACAUUAACAUGUAAAGAUACUAGAUAUAAAUUAAAGAACUUUGAUUAUGGACCUAAUAAGCCUAAGACUUAUAAAGUAUAUGAUAUGACAAAGCCAUUUAAAUUCUAUGUUAAGCCUUAUUUAGAAGAUAAGGUAGAUGAGAUAACUAAUAAUCAAGAUUCAAAUCAAACUGGAAUUACAAUUACAGAUAAAUUAGACCAACAGAUAUCUAAAAGGAAGUUAAUGAGAUAUAUUAAAAUGAAUGGAACCAAGAAGACUUAUCCAGUUGAUAAUCCUACUAAUAAACAAAAGUAUUCUUAUUCUAUACAAGAUGUUGCAUAUUUUGAUCCUAUUCUAUUUGGAUAUUUCUUUACAGCUAAUGGAAUACCCAUUUCAGAAUCAAUAACAAUUGGACAACCUCAUCGCCCAACUGAUGCAUAUGCAUCUGCAUGGGAUUUUUAUGGUUUGCAUGCCUCACCAAUAAUAAGUGGAAUGGAACAUUUUGAAAUAACGUUCUAUACCAAAUUUAAACAACUUAAGAAUAAGUAA